AUGUCGAAGGCAUUGAAGCACCAGCGCCAGCACCAGCGGCAACAGAAUGGAGUCGCGGCUGAUGCGGAAUUUUUGGACACGAUGGAUCAGACUGCGACUGUCUUGGAACUCCACCGCUCAAACUUACUGCGUCUUCAAACCGACGAGUUACUCAAGGCGAUUAGCCUAGACGUUAGUCCAAGCAGUGCACAUGUUCACUGGGCGACUUAUGCGCACGAGUACAUCCAGAAAAUACAAGGAAAGAUUGAAUCUCUUCAGGUGGAUUGGAAAUACGAUAAAGACAGUCCAUUUCCGAUCUUGAGCGACAGAAAGAACAUUUCAGUCCAUUCAAGCCUUACCACACUAUCAGGGAACGCUCGUGUCAUACCGACACUAGAAGUACUCGUUAAAGUACCCAAUGAUGCUUUCGAUUUCAAGGAUUACUUGCGCGAGCGCUACUUUGAUAAACGAAACCUAGUAGUAUGGCAUGUUGCGCGAUAUCUGUCACAAAGAAACUUGCGUGCGGUCGUCGGAAAAGUGUGCUAUCGUUUUGGUAAUUCCGACUUACGGAAACCCGAGCUGCUGCUAAUACCCCCGUGCCAAGUCUCCGACAACAAGAUUGAUGGAGAAGGAUCAAUACAGUCAAACAAACGGUUAAGAAAACCGAGGUUCCGACUUUGUUUGCGUUUUGGUAUGACCAACUGCAGCUGGAUUCCACCCCUACGAUUCGUUCCGAAUAGAUGUAACUUGUCCCACACGAAGUCGUCACAAGCUUACAAUCACGCCUUGGCAGAAGAGGCUGCUCAUGAAUUCGAAGAUUUGUCCAGCUCCUCCAUCGAGACAUAUCCGAAUUUGAAUCAAGCCUUAAUUUUGGCUAAAAUCUGGUGCUUGCAACGGGGAUUGCUGUGUCACGAUGGCUUGAAACCAGAGAGCUUGGGCUUGCUACUCUUAUUCUUGUACCGCACCAAACAAGUCAGCCCGCGUAUGGGAGUCAUUCAGACGUUGACCGCACUUUUGAAGCUCUUGACAGACACAGAUUGGCUAGGCAACAAACAAUCAGUGAAAAGGGUAUCAGAUGCUGAAAAACAAUCUGGGAGCAUCUCUUCUGACCAAGCUUAUCGAGAUUUACUUCAAAAGCAAAAUCCACGUAGGGUUCUAAUAUUGCCGAAGGAGGGUGAUUCGGUAAACGAUACCGUUGCAGCGUCGGAAUUGGCCAAACUCUAUACACAGCAAACGACGGAAUCCCCCUUGACUGACAUGGAUCCUCUCACGCUGUUGGAACUUUACGAACGAGACUAUCGCCUCGGGCCUGUAUUUUUGGAUCCAUCUAUGACGUACAAUUACCUGGGCCGAGUGUCGCCAUCGUGCAUGCGUUUGAUUCAAUUAGAAGCCCAGAAAAGUUUGGAGUGCUUGCACGGGACUUCACACACACGCCCUUUUCCGUACUUAUUCAUGAUUGAAGCACGUUUCUGGUCGCGAUUUGAUUCAUACAUACGUGUUCCAAUAAAAAAUAUUGCCUUUUCCUCUGCUUUGUGGGGUGAUGACCGUCGUGACCUCGGAGACUUCGAAUCCAUUUCACGUGGACUGGUGCGAAUUUUGACUUUGGCUUUGGGCGAUCGCGUAAAAGCAAUACGGGUCCUGUCGACAGGCAAUGGUCCGAUGAACAUGCUGUCCAGUGCUCUGAAGGACUCGGACGAGGUGCCUACCAAAGAGAUUGCGCUUGGUAAACGCGUCAAAGUCAGAACGAGUUCUCCAACAGGUAGUGAUUUUAUAGUGCUAGCUUUAACUUUGAAUCCCGAUACGUGCUGGCGAAAAGUGGAGCGUGGCCCGCCGGCGGAUGACCUUGCUGGGACUAAAGCGUUUUUAGAUCUAUGGGGAAGCAAAAAAGCUGAGCUACGUCGCUUCAAGGACGGGGCGAUAGUUCACGCGGUGGUUUGGGAUGCAACCGUUGAAUGUAUGGAAGGAUCGGAAAGUGAUGCGCCGUACAUAUUAUUUCAGAACGACGAUAAAGUACAAGGCGGUAUCGUGGAGCGUAUUGUGCGCCAUAUUCUCCAGAUGCAUUUUCUAAAAACUGAAGACAAUACGUUUCCGCUUGAAUUUUCGCUCAGAAAUCUCCUCUCUUCAGUUGAUGGCGUUGUGUCAAAAGAGCUGUCUUCCGAGGCGACUCUAUUUAACCCACUUUCGGCACAUCGAAACGUAAUGAAGGCAUUUGAUGCUCUUUCGACUUUUUUACGCAAGCACAGCGCUCCCGCACUACCUGCAACGGGAUAUAUGCAUUCCCGUUUGGGCAUCCCUCUAUCAAUCGAUGCCGUUGAGCCCCUCUCGCCCUCUUUACGCUACUCCGAGUUGUUCCCACCCAUACCUCAUCCCAGUCUCGGCUACAAAAGUACGCUAGGGCUAAGAAACGUUUCUGGCUCGAUCCAGUCCAAGCCAGUCCAAGUGCAGGUGCGGUUCGGGCUCUCGUCUAAAUGGCCUUCGGAUCUGCGAGCCAUCGGUGCCGCCAAGACUGCUAUGUUGAUCAAACUACUUGAAGGGAUUGAAGACAUGAAACGCCAAGGCGCUCAAGAUUCCUUAGCCUUUUACGGACCAACGGCAGUUACGCCCGACUAUGCUGAUAUCGGAUUUAUGGGCUACGUUUUUCGUAUUUUCGUUCGUGCCGACCCAGAAUUGAAGCUUCUUAAAAGUGUUGUCCAGCCAACUCGCGAGGCUGCAACUCUAUUGAAUCAGCUAAGGAAGCGACAUGUAAUCGGAUCUAUGCACCACAGCUUGGUUCAUUCAGUCUUUACCAGCCAUCCCUCCUCCAGCGUUGCUGCUCGGAUGGCAACACGAUGGCUCUCUACGCAUUUGAUGUCAGGAAUGAUUCCUUUCGAAGCGGUAGAACUUCUCAUUGUAUCUGUUUAUACGCAAAAGUCAUCCCCGCUGGACGCUCCUGGUAGUGCGGUUACAGGACUCUUGCGAUUUUUUCAUCUGCUUGCGACGCAUAAUUGGGCGAAGGAGCCAUUGGUUGUCGAUCCACACUGUUCCUUAACAGAAGAGGAUUACUCUCAAUUACUUGCUCAUUUUGAUGGUGUUCGCGGAAUUGAUUUGCAAGACGGGCCUCCUAUGUAUAUUGUCACACCCUACGAUCAAGUAAACAAAGACUUGGAGGACGCACACGAAGUGUCGAUAACCAAUCUGCCGACAAAAUCUCUUUCUUGGACUCCUGCCUUCACCUCUACGAAUCCAGAGUGGGUAGUGCUUAGUCGAUUGUCGAUGCUGGCGUCCCGGACUUACUCGUUUCUACAGAAGUCUUUAGUGGACUUUCAGCGUAACAAUUGGUCGGCUGCCUUUCAAGUAACUGCCGCCUCCUUUCACGCCUACAGUGCCGUGCUGCGGAUAGGCCCCGACUUUGUUGUAGAUAGCGAAGCCUCGUCGACUGGAGGCUCACUUUCAGUGCGACCCAAUAAGAAUGGUGCCUACGAAAGUUCUUAUACACGCAGUAUGCAGAAUCGAUCAGAAGGCCCGAAGCUGCUUCGUCGCAAGCUGUAUCGAAAUUUGGUCGAUUCUAUCGAGAGUCACGAAGAAGUCAUUUUAGAAUGGAGACCAGUAGACGCAUUGAUAGAUAGGCUCCGUUCACGACUCGGGUCAUGGGCAGUCUUUUUCUACAAUGAUUUGUGUCCCGAAGUCAUUGGUGUAUUGUGGCGUCCUUUGUUCGAACCGCGUUCCUUUUCGGCACUUGCAUCUGAAUACGCACGGCCUAUGAAACACGGGAUAUUGGGCCACGGAUACUCUAGUGACUGUUAAUGUGAACGAUAUACUGCGCGAAGCUCACCAAAUAACGAAGGACAUAGUUACGAAUCAAAGAGUUUUUGACCAUGGACCCGCAAUGGAGAAAAGUGGCAAAAAACACAAGGGUUCGGAAGUUCCUGUCGCCGACAAGCGCGCUACAGAUGGAAGCAGUAGCUGUGCUUCCAUUUCUGAAGAAGACAAUGAUUAGCCUAUUUUUGGAUCUACCAGCACGAUUUAAACGCUUGGGGAAACUUUGGAUCGCUCCGACUUUCAAAAUAGAGUUAAUCUUAUUCAAUUUCCACGUCUGUUUUG